CACAAACUCAAAGCAACGUGAAGGCAACGGGAGGAUUGAUCGGUAUCAUUACAGUAAACGAAUAUAAGCUAUUUUAUUUCAUACAACAGCCGAAUGCUUCAAAAUGAUAUGCUCAGCACAUUACAAUUUGUCAUAAUUGAAAUGGCUGCUGAGCAAAUACUGAAAGAACUUCUUGGAGUUUUGCAACACAGAAGCAUUGUCAUCCUCUCAAAACAAAACACUGAUUGUCUUUGGAGAAGUAGCUCGAUCUCAUUUUAAAGAAAUUUCUGGAGCCCCAUCAUACCAGAAGAAUAGAACAAAUGGAAGACCAGAUGAAAGUCUUUGGAAGCAACCUUGACGAUUCUGAAAGAAAUUACCAGAAUGUUGUUCGUCCAAACAGAACAAGAGCAAUGAAAGCAAAGUCAGAGGUGCCUUCACGGAUUGCCAGUCAUAGGGGUUGCAUCUCUUCAAGAACAUCUCAAAUCAUUCUUUACAUCUUGGUGUGUGUAUCCCUGUUGAUCGCAUCAGCUGCUCUUCUGCUGGCUUUUUUGAAAUUUUUCCCUCCAUGUCCAAAAGGCUGGCUGAAGUUCCAGACAAAUUGCUAUUAUUUCUCUACUGAUCAACAACCUUGGGAGAAGGCAAUGAAGAAAUGCCAAAUCCUCAAAGCUCACCUGGUAGUGAUUGAUGAUAAAAAUGACACAGAUAAACAGGAAUUUUUGGACAAUCUAAAUACUAGCUAUUGGAUUGGCCUCAGGAGGCAUCCUAAAGACAAGUGGAUGUGGAUAAAUGGCAAACCCUUUCCAGAGACGACUCAAUCCGUUGAAAAUAAUGAAAAAGAAAAUUGUAUGUAUAAUUUCUGGAAUGCUUCUAAAAGUAGGAAAAAGAAAAUUGCUUGUACAGAAUAUUUUCAUUAUAUCUGUGAAAAAGAACAAAUGUAAAAAUAUGCAAUUUUAUAAAGUUUACAUUUUCUUCUUUGAAAAAUCAUGUACUUCAUUGUUUGAUGGGUUUUAUAGAAUUUCUUACGGAGUUACAAUUUUUCAAAUGCAGCAAUAAUCAGAGUAAGACAUUCCAAUUUGAGAUGCUGCCACCUAACAAACACAAUUUGCCUUUUCUUGGUUUUUUUGUUUUUAUUAUACUGAAACAAGGGAGAAAAGAUGAUAAGGUGGAGCAUAUUUUAAAAAUGUUUAAGAAGAGUUGUAAUUUUAAACAAGAAGAAACAUCCCUAUUCAAUCAUUCUAACUUGGAAAACAGUUGCAUAGAUAAAGUUAAUAUGUGACUUAAAAUGUUAA